AUCAGCCCAUUUGUGCAGCCGGAGUCUGUUUUGGUAAACCCUAACCCUAACCCUAACCCUAUUUGGUAAAGAAACUGACCAAUAACCAAUAUGUUUAGAAGCCGGAAGAUGUGCUGUUUUCACUUCCUUUUACCAUGGGGGUGUAUUUGUGUGCUAGCCCUAGCCCUAGAAGGGCUUUACCUAGCCCUAGAAGGCAGCGUAUCAUUUGUCUCAACUGCAUGGUUUUACCUUUCAUUUAAGUCACUGUUCUUCACUGUUUAAGGUUUUGUCAAGAGGCAAACGCAGUGGAGUUUUUUGUGUUUGAGCUAUGGCGAAGAGUAUAAGAUGGCAUAUUUAUAGCCUCUGGCUUUAUUUGACACAUGCCUCAUCGCUGCUGCAGGCGGAACUGAGAAAGCAAAGAGGCGUUUUGUGCAUCGGGUGUGCCCCAGCAGAGGAACAGCGUCAAACUAAACAAAAUCGCCAAAGCGAGACACCAGCGUCUGAAGAACAACAGCUGAAUUUGCAGCGAGCAAACGCUAUUCUGCUACUCUUUCGGGGGGUUUAUUUACAAAAACGUUGCUGAGGAUGCUGAGACUUUUUUUGACUUUGCUCUUUCACUCCGGCAUUUGGGACGGGAGUAAAGGUGGAGUUGGGGCGCUGAUUAUGCGCCACUGUGUGUCUUUCCAGGAGGACCUCUUUCGAGACAUCGCAUACCCAGUACCUCCGUACAUCCCUGGGCUGGGUCUCUAUGCUGAAUGCAGUAAUGUGACUGAUUUCAGGUCCGAUCUGCUGGAAGUUUCGCCCGAAGUGCGGUCUCUGCGCCUCACACACAGCGCCUCUACCCUCCCCUCUAAUUCAUUCUCACAGUUUAAAGCUCUGGAGGUGUUGCGUAUAGAUGGGAAGCUAGAAAAGAUACAAUCUGGGGCAUUCUUAGGAUUGGCACAUUUGAAGUAUUUGCACUUGAAGUUUUCUGACGAUUUCUGUAGAGAUGUUAUUUUGGAUUCAGGAGUAUUCCAAGGUUUGUGCAGCUUGGAGGAACUAAUGAUGCUUGGCUUGAAUUUUUCCGAAGUGCCCAACUCUUUGUUCUCCCCUCUGGUGAAGUUGUCAAAACUGGAACUUAGAAGUAACUGUGUUGAAGACAUCAGCAAGGUUUUUUGUCGUCUGCCACUGGGACUGUCACAUCUGGAGACUUUGGAUUUGUCUGAUAACUAUAUUGGCAAAAUCCAAAAUGGAGGAUGUGAGGGAUCAGGAAGUUGGCCCACUCCAGUUCUGUCUGGAAUUAAGAAUUUGGAUCUGACUGGCAACCCCAUUGAAAUCAUUGUACCAGAGUCUUUGAAGAUAUUCCAGAACCUGACCAGCCUUGGAUUGUACUUCAAAGGACAAUGGCUGGGCAGCAUUUGGGAAUCUGGAAUAGGAAGUGUAAAGGAGAUUUUCCUGGCAGGUGGCUUGGCUUUGGAACAAACUCUUAAACUUAACUUUCAAGAUACAUGCAGCCUCGUCUCAAAAUUAGAAAUACAGUCCUUAACAAUCAAAAAUUUUGUUAUAGAUGAUAUAUCUGUACAGAUGAUCCAAAAAUGCAGGGAUGAAUUGAGAGAGUUGUCCAUGUGGCAUGGUGAGGUAAAAAGUCUGGAUUUUGGGUUCUGGGUGAGUGCAAGCGGGAUAAAGGUUCUGGAAAUGGUUGAAAUGAAGCUGAAAAAUGCUUCAUUCUGUACUGCUGGUAAAGGCAAGCUUUGGAACAUCAGAACUUUAAACUUGCCUCGGAAUAGCCUCACUGCUAUAGAAGGGAAUCAGUUUGUUUGUAUGCCUCUCCUAGAGCAGCUCGAUUUGGAGGCUAACGCAAUUGAAUGCUUGGAAAGCGAUGCUUUCCAUGGCCUAAGGAAGCUGAAGACCCUUAGCCUGGCAGGAAACAAAAUCAAAAAGCUGGUGAAAUCCGACUUUGCUAGUCUUGUAGCUUUAGAGGUUUUGCAAUUACUUGACAACACGAUAGAAAGUAUUGAGGAAGGUGUGUUCAGUAAACAGGAAGGUUUGCAAGAGCUGACUCUUGGAAAGUUGCAGUACAUCUAUGAAUUGUAUCUCCAGAUGCUCUUUUACGGAUUCCCAUCAAAAUUACAUCGCUUAAAGAUAGAUGCUGGAAUUGGGGUCUAUCUGAAUGUGGGGAAUAUACCCCCACGUGGUACACCCUUUGACCUGGAGUUGAUUGGCGAGAAAGUGAUGUUAUUUGAAUGUGAGAGCCCGUUGUACCAGGACGUACGUGAAUUAAAAGUCACCGGUCAGUUUACCUGUGGCAAACUCUACAUGGUUCCGUUUUUCGAAAAUCUAGAAUCCUUUGAGUGUGAUGCUAAUCCAGAAAUGAGCAUAAAGUACACGGGGAUCAGCCGUCACCACAGGCUGAAGCGCUUGAUGCUCUCCAACCUCGUCUUCAACGAUCGCACGGACCCGAGCUUGACCUUCCGAAAUCUCAGCAACCUGGAAAUCCUGGUGCUGCUCAACUGCCGCCUCAGCUACCUGACAGAGAGCAUGUUCCACGACCUGCGGUCCCUGCGCCUCCUGCGGCUGUACAGCGACAACCCGCUGAUCAUCCUGGAAGGGGCCUUCUACCCGCUGGUCUCGCUUUCGGUCCUGUCCUUCGAAAGGCUGGACUUCAGCUGCAAGUGCGGCAACGUCUGGCUCCUGGAAUGGAUGGAGGGCAUGCGAAGUCUGCAGGUGGUCAACAUCCAGAAGCAGAUCUGCGUCAUGCACUACCGGCGCCUCAACUUCCUGUCCACCAUGGAGUGGCUCUGCCAGACGCAGGCCCACUACCUGUGCUGGCUGUCCACUGCCGUGCUGGUCCUCCUGUUCCUCUCCUCUGCCCUGGGGUACCGAUUCGCUCGCUGGCCCUGCCUGGUUUUGUUCUUCAGAGUUAGCGGCUGGGUGGAAAGGAAGCUGGGGAAGAAGAGGCGGAAAAGGAGAGGGAUAGAGGAGGAGGAGGAGGAAGAGAGGAUGUUUGACGCGUUUGUGUCCUACAGCAGUAAGGAUGAGGCCUGGGUGACGGAGGAGAUGGUGCGUAAGUUGGAGCGAGAGGGGGAGACGAGACUGAGGCUCUGUCUGCACAACCGGGACUUCGAGGUGGGGAAGGGCAUUGUGGACAACAUCGCCGACAGCGUGUACGGCAGCAGGUGCACCGUGUGCGUGCUGAGCCGCCGCUACCUCCGCAGUGACUGGUGCACGCUGGAAAUGCGCGUGGCCACGCAUCGCCUGCUGGCCGACAACACGCACCGCCUGAUCCUCAUCUUCCUCGAGCACAUCUCACCCUUUGAGCUCUCUCCAUACCACCGUUUGGCCAAACUGGCUAAAACCCGCACCUACCUGGACUGGCCAGAAGAGGAGGGGAAGAGAGUGGAAUUCUGGGAAAGGCUGCGCAGAAACAUUGCAGACAGAGAGGGAGAACAGGAGAGGUGGGGAGGUGGACAGGCUGAGCUCUGAACCUUCCCAACACUGUCGAUUUUAUUUACUGCUGCUUUGAGGAAAUCUGUGCUCAGUUACCUUGCGUGUAAUUUGGUUUGUAGCUAUGUAUUAUUUCUUCAUUUGAUUUUAUUAUAACCAACAUGUCCCCCCUGGAUUAUUUUGCUUUUGCAAGUGUGUUGUGGGGGGGGGGGGGGGGGGGUUUGGGUGGGGACAUUUGGGAGCGUGUACAGUCUACCAGCCAGUUAUGUAGAAUAUGUAUGCAGCAUGUAGUAUGUACAAUGUCUAGAGAAUGAGUUCCAGCCUAUUCGUCAAAGGGUUAAAACCUUAGACUUAGUGUCUACUACACUACUGAAGUCUGCUAGAACUGGAACAGUGCACAUGCAAAUAUAGUUCAGUUUGUUAUCUGGUAGUUCAGUUUUUUGUCUGAAUGUUCUUUAUUUAUUUUUUCACUUAGCUGGUGCUCUUCUUAGAGUGACUUACAAUGUCGGAGAAAUGUUAGUUCAUUCACCUUAAUAUGAUCAGUAGUACCAGCCCUGGCUAACAACAUUCCCAGACCAGAGAGUAAAGAUGCAGCAUCACUGAAGCACGAGUGCAAAUGAACAAUGCUAACCAAGCUAUCCAAAGUUCAGAUUCCGAAUACUGACAGCCUGUUUCUAUAACAAGUCAUAAGAAGAUAAAAAUUAAACGAUAAAAAAUAAGAUCUAAAAUCAUAUUUUUUUUUGCCAUAACCUGAACUGGUGGGAUUGCAACAAGGUGCGGACGCAAGGGGAGCAGAGAUACAGUCUGAAGAGGCCGGUCAUCUUUCCCCACCCUUAUUAGUUUCAAUAAGGAAGUAGAUCCGUUGCGCUUCCUUUCCUCCAAAAGAGAUGACUGAUAGCAGUCUAGCUGGGGACGGCACCUCCAGAUGGUUACUGCUUGGCAUUUGGCGCAGUUAAAUGGUAAAUGGACUGCAUUUAUAUAGCGCUUUUAUCCAAAGCGCUUUACAAUUGAUGCCUCUCAUUCGCCAGAGCAGUUAGGGGUUAGGGAUUAGGUGUCUUGCUCAAGGACACUUCGACAUGCCCAGGGCGGGGUUUGAACCGGCAACCCUCCGACUGCCAGACAAUCGGUCUUACCUCCUGAGCCAUGUCGCACAGUUGCUUGGCUCAGCACGAGCAAUGGCAUCACCAACAGGAAGCCUCUUUGUGUCAUUAGGAAAAUGAUACGAGCCCCAGAUCAGGAUUUAGCAAAGUCAGCACGUGAAGCUUUUCACAGCGAUACACCGUUCUUUGUGACGAUACAAAUAAAAUCCGAAUCACUAUCUUAAUAUCAGUCAUUGCAUGUACUUUAAUAAGAUAUGCGUUAUAAGUAAUAGGUUGAAUUAAAAGGUUUUCAAUAUGUGCAUUUUACUGUAGGAAGCAGAACGAAUUGCGCUGGAUUGUUUUAUUGAGCUGUUGUUACCCAAGAAAUAUGAAAUUAACCCCUCCAGAUGUAUUUUAAAAUGUUAAAAAUUAUUCUAUAUUGAAUAAUAAUUAGUUUAAUAUGGUUUUCCACUAAAAAAUGUUCAAUAGACUAAUGAAAAUGACUUUGUGGCAUCUCUACACCUUUACCCUCAUUAUUAAUAAGACAGGCUAUGGAUAUGCAAAUUGCAACACCGUCAUAUCGUAGGCUCGGUAUCCAGAUUCAAAAUCAAUUUAUUUCCAAAACCCAGCGACUUACGCAUGAGGUUCUGCAUGUAGCCAUCUGUAAAAUGUGUGCUACAAACACAGAUUCCCUCUAUGCUGUCAGGUGCAUCCACAGGAUUUCUAUAAACAAAUUGCACCCAUUUUUGUUUUAUAAUGGCCAUUUUUGGUGAUGAGUGGAACGAAGUCCCUACUGUACCUCGGGAUUACAUCAGUCUGCCAAAUUCAACACAAACUGUCACAACAAUGUCACUAACACAUUGCUGUCUUGUAAUUUACAUAUCUGUGUGUAGUGGACCGUGAUAGGUUCGACAUAUUUGCUCAUAUCUGACUCAGAUUUCAGGGAAGUACGGCGAAGCUGCUCGUCCACAGUGGAGUAAUGUGGAAAAAGGCACCCUGGUGUUCUACACAAAUAUCUGAAUAAAGUCAUGCUUCAAAGAGAGGUUAAUCAUUUAUAAACAUGUUUUUGAGUGGAGAGGGCUUUAAAGACGACGGAGGAGAGAGUUAAAAUCAAGAAUGCCUUUACUUUGUCAUUAAACAAAGCGACAACACAGGCAAGAAUGUGGCCUAAAACCAUUUUCCCACAGGGGACGAACCGCAGCUCUGAUGCACCAAAUCUCAACGAUUUUAAGGGGAGGUGACUGUCAUGCUUUUUGGAGUGCCUGAAAUUCUAACAGUGUUAAAUGAAAGGAGGACUGUGGCAGGUAUCUGAAGCUGGAUGCCCUUUGUGUUCAUUGAAGAUUACACAUUUAGUGCAAGGCUUCCCUCACAAACUUGCUCUGUGUAUCCCGCCUUGCUACUAUUAUGCAAAUAAAGGUUUUUUUUACAUUUUGUCAUUUUCAAUUCAAAUUGGUUUCAGGUUUUUUUGAAAAUCUAGUAUACAAAUAAGGCAUUUGGUUUGACUUCAGGAUUUCAAGCAGGUUAAUAUGUCAGCUAAGACUUGGAAAUACGUGGCAUUGACACUUCUGUCUGUUUCAGUAGUUGUCACUGUUGUAGGGGAUCCAAAGGUCGAUAAAGAAAAAACAAUCCUCGUGGCAUUACUGAAGUGCCAAUGGUUGCUCGGUCAUAUAUUCAGUCAGCUUUUUUUAUUUUCUUUUUUUUUUUUUUUUUUUUUUUUUUUUGGGGGGGUGCUUUUAUUUAAUCGACAAAUCAUAGUUUAUAAAAGCAGUAUUUACCAUGUCAUUUACCAUACUGUGAAUACUAUGUCCUGUAACAGUACAAAUGUGUGUGACUGUCUCUAAUGCAAUUACACAUUUCUGCAGUAACUCAAGACUGGAAUGUUUUUUUUGUGUUUGUUUUUCAAGAUGUUUAAUGCUAUACAGUACUCACAAAUGAAACCAGUGACCUCUGACAGGAUUGUUCUUGGACAUGUAUCUUUUUUCAUUAUCUUUUAUCAGAAUUAUGCUUUCGUGCUUUUAAGUAAAUAUUUUAAUAAGGCUUUUUUGUGUGUAUUUAGUAUACUCAUGAAUAGUAUGAUUUCAUACUGUAUUGUAUUUUCUGAGCUAAAAUGAAAAAUGUUAAAUGUAAUACCUAGUAAGUGUGUAUGAGUUAUUUUUUUACAGGAGCCAUUUCCCCACCUCCCAGCUAAUGUGUGUUGCUGUUUCGUGAAGCUGUGUGUUUCCGUGGCGAUAUAUUCAUGUAUAUGCUGUACUUAAAACCCCACACUGUGCCAACGCCAAUUAUGAUGCAGUGGGGAGAGAGAAUUGUUGCCCAAUUCACAUAAAUACAGGCCAGCACACAGGGAGAGAGCCAGAACAGACACCAGUAACUAAUCAUUACCAAGGAGUGGUGCACAGCAUAGUCAUUUGAGCGGGUACAGGUUAAAACCUCCCAUUUACAAUAGUACUUUUAAAUGAUUUAUUUUAAGUCAAUUCUGAUUUUGCUUAUGAAAUUGGUGAUAGGACAGGGGAAUGUAAAAAUGUACGCACGUAUUUUACAUAAUUCUAAUUAAGGGUGGGCGUACAUUUUGAGGGAGGGGAGGCAGACCAUGUUGAGUCUGGGUUGGGACAGGUUUGGCUGGGCGCUCCCUAACCACAGUCAGUAAAGUUAAGGUGUAACUUUUAAAAUGUGCCGUUGCUUUUCUGAUGUUGCAUGACCAAGGUUACGCUGCAGGAUUGACCAAGAAGAAACACAGUGUAAUGCAAAAUAAGUGAUCUGAGCCUUUAUGCUGUGAAAUCCUACUGUCCAAUUGAUCUAGAUUACUUCGAUAGUUGAAGUAUUCUCAUACAAUGCAUGCAGAUCGAUAUGUUUUAAACGCACGUAUACAGUAUAUGACAUAGAACAUUGAUAAAAGCUGUAACUUUAUUUUAAGCGUCACACCCAUCAAACUUAAACCACUGCAUAAUAAAGUGUUUUUAAGGGGAA